GGCGGCUUUGCUUGGUUGAUUCCAGCGUAGACUUAGCAAAAUUGGGGUAUUAAGUAUUACGUUGCCGAUGUGAAGAAAGAAAUAGGUGGGCCUGCCUUUUGUCAUCUGCUCAAAAUUUCCCCCAAAACUUCUCCUCUUCUUGACGAGGAAGGCAGCCCGAGCGAGCGAGCGAGGCGUGCGUGCGCUGCAAUGGCGGACUCGUCGGCGCCGACGAGAGUGAUGAUGGCGGUGAACGAGUCGUCGCUCAAGGGGUACCCGCACCCCUCCAUCAGCUGCCGCACCGCCUUCGACUGGACGCUCUCCAAGCUCGUCCGCUCCAACCCCGGGGGCUUCCACUUCCUCUUCAUCCACGUUCAGGUCCCCGACGAGGACGGAUUUGAUGACAUGGAUAGCAUCUAUGCUUCGCCGGAGGACUUCCACCAAAUGAAGCGGAGAGACAAGAUAAGAGGGCUUCAUUUGCUUGAGUACUUUGUAAACCAAUGCCAUCAGUUAGGGAUAAAAUGCGAGGCAUGGAUCAGACAUGGGGAUCCAAAGGAGGUUAUCUGCAGCGAAGUGAAGAGAGUCCAGCCUGACCUUCUAGUUGUGGGAAGUAGGGGCCUUGGGCCAUUUCAGAGGGUUUUCGUGGGCACGGUGAGCGAGUUCUGCGUUAAGCAUGCUGAAUGCCCCGUCAUCACCAUAAAACGGAAUGCUACUGAAGCUCCUCAGGACCCUGUCGAUGAUUGAUGCUUUAUACAAGCCAUGUCACUGGAGAAUGAGAUAUUCUUCACUGCUUAUAAUGGGUCAAUGUACAAAGCACGAUAUGGAAGUGCCUGGAACUAGUUCGCGUAGGGAACUUUUGCACAGUACGCCCCAAAACUAGAGUGAAGAUGAAAACGCUAUCGUUCGCCCGAGGGAUGAUGAGAGAUUGUACCACGUAUCAUAUGUGAUACAUCAAUCAAUCGAGUUGUGAACCUAAGCUGCUGCUAUAUGUUCAUGUGCCAGGCUUUGCUGGAA